UCGCUAAGCCGCCAAACUGCCAGUGACUCGAAGCACCGCAAUCGUAGUCGCGCGGCCGGUCAAAGGUCGUUUGCUGGUCGUACAACCGUCGCCGAUUUCCAACGACAAGUUCCGGUAAUCACAGUGGCUGCAGCAACAACAACGGGGUCACGUGCGAUGGAGUCGUCGGUUGGUUGCUGGCUGUGGUGGUUGGCCAACGCGGUCGUGUGUUGCGUGGGCACAGCGGUCGUCGUCCGCAAGUUGCUAGUGCCGUGGACGUGCUGGUUGGGCCGACGGGCUCUGUGCUGGUCCCGAUACGUACUGUUCUAUGGCCACGCCGGCGUAGGGCCCGAGGUACGGCGUGCACCGCCCUCUUGUCGGUGCUGUGGCGGAGUGCACUUUGACGGAAUGGCCGGAAGCUGGGCGGUGGUGACUGGUUGCACCGACGGUAUCGGCAAAGAGUACGCGAUGCAGUUGGCCGACCGUGGAAUGAAUGUAGCGCUGGUCAGUCGGAACUUACACAAGUUGCUAGCAGUAGCUCAGCAGAUCGACGAACGGCACGCGGGUCGGGUGAAGACUAAGAUCGUCGUAGCGGACUUCACGUCGUCCGGUGGCACCGUCCCGUUGUCGGCGACUUACGACGCGGUGCGACGCGGACUCGCCCGCUUGGACGUGCGGCUGCUGGUGAACAACGCGGGCGUGGGCUACGCGCGACCCGAACGGCUGCUUGACCUGGCGCCAUGCUGCACCGGCGCGCUACCCGAUCCGUGCCGCGACGUGGUCGAGUGCAACGCGCUGGCCACCGUGGCCAUGUGCCGCAUCGUCAUGCCACUGAUGAUCGUCGACGGUGUGGACAGCAGCGACGAGAUCCACGGCGGCGAAGAUGCGGAAGGAGACUUCCGGGAGCGGUCGGAUGACAAGGAAUACACGUCUCCUAGACGCGGAGGCGGCGGAGUCGUCAUCAAUGUGUCGUCAGCCUCGGCUAAGCUCCCGUGUCCGCUCCUCAGCAUCUAUGGCGCCACCAAGUCGUUUGUGGAAAAGUUGUCGGUGGAGUUGGCCACCGAGUACGACGAAGAGGACUCCACGCACCAGAUCGCCGUCCGGUGCCUAACGCCCGGGUUCGUGGCCACCAAGAUGAGCCAGAUCCGACCGACGUCCACCGGUGACACGGGCUGGACGUACGCGCCAGUGCCGCGGUCGUACGCCAGCCACUCUCUCCGGGCGUUGGCCUGUCACUGCGCGUGUGGCCGGGCAGUGCGGAGGGGAAGCUCGUGGACGGAUCGAAGCAGCGAAGCCGAAGCCGGUUAGGCCGAAGAACCGGCCGGAUGGUUGGCGGCAGUGAUCAGCGCCGUGUUCGACUCGCCGUCGUCGCCGCUGUCGGCCGGGCGGUCCGGCGUCACGACCACCGGUUACCCGUCGCACACACUCAUGCUGAUGGCGGUGAACGUAGUCCGGUGGGUGUUCGGCGACCAAUAUGUGUCUAGCGCCGCUAGCCGGAUGAUGUGCGGUAUGCGGAACCGGAUAGCGAACCGGAACUCAGCCAAGAUGCAAAAACAGACUUCCAACCCCGAAUUCGAGAACAAAAGUCAUGAGUCCGCGAGUCACAACUAGGUGCUUUCAGCCACUGGACUGCUAACUGUAUGUGGUGGAUCGAACAUAAUAUUAUGUACCUAUAUCUACACGAUAUCAAACCUACAAUUGUACGUUUUAAAUGGAUAUUUUAAAGAUGAAAAUUUAUGAAAACAUUUUAUACUGGGGGACCUCGGAACCUCGACCGGUCCACAAAAUAUGGGCCCUCGAUUUUAGAUAAAUAAAGAAUAAUGUAUAAAAUUGGUGUGUAUCGUUGAAUAUAUAUGUACAUUGUUUUUAAUAACUUAUUAAACUUAUUAGUAUAGUCA